UCCAGCUCGAAGGUUUUCAUCUACCACACACACACAAUCCUCCUGAUCUUCCCCAAGAAACCGCGAUGGGUCGUCUGUCCGUGAAGGUCUUGGUGGUCGUCCUGCUGCUCCUUGCGGCCACAGAGGAGCAGGGGGGAUCGGUGCAGGUGGCUCUGGCGAGGGUGUGCACGAGGCCGAGCCACAAGUUCCAUUGGGCAUGCCUCGACACCAACAAAUGCGCGAGCGCCUGCCUGACCGAGGGCUACACCGGCGGCAAGUGCGGCGGCCGCCGCGGCCGCCGCUGCUUCUGCACCUGGCACUGCUAGAUGUUUCGGCUCUGACCGAUCUGUUCUUGCAUAAAACAUGCAUGCUUCCGUGUGAUGAUAGCUGAACGGUGCCACGGUGGUACAUCUAUCUAUAUAUCUAUGUAUGUGUGCGUGCAUGGAUCUCCGAGAGCUAGCUAGCUGCUCGUCGGAGAUUACAUGAAUGAAUAAAGAGAAUCGCAUGCGCAUCGUCUUGU